AUGGCGACAUGCACGAUUGCUUCUGUAUGCUCCCAAGGUUUGUCUUUCCAAAAGCCGCGUCUGUGGAGAAGCUCUCCCGCUUCGCUCCACCCUCUUCCUCACAUUCCGUUCCGUUGUCUCCCUCCCACCGGCAAGUCCGGAGGCCCUCUUCCGUUUCUGGGUUCACGCUUCAACUUGGAACGAGGGAGGAAGAAAGCCCCUGCUAAGAAUCAAAAGAAACAAGGAAAGUGCGCGCGCAGGCCAGUCGCGAUGGUGCGCAUCUCUGGCGACUUCUCACCCGGGGCCUCCAUGGUCGGGGGACUUCUCCUGGGCAUAGCGACCAGCCUCCACCUGGCGCUCAAUGGGCGUAUCACGGGCGCGUCUGGCAUCAUCAGAGGCGCCUUCUUCGGUGACGCGGGCGCCACGUGGAAGCGCGCGUUCCUGGGCGGCGUCGGCGUGGCCGCGGUCGCGUGGGAGCUGCUCCAGCCGCAGGUCUACGGCUCGCUUCCGUACAAGGGCCUCGUUCCGGCCGUCCUCGCCGGAAUGCUGGUCGGCGCCGGAACCAAGCUGGCCAACGGGUGCACGAGCGGGCACGGCGUGUGCGGUCUGCCCCGAUUGUCGCCGCGCUCGUUUGUCGCCGUCGCGACCUUCAUGGCGACGGGCGCGGCUACGGCGAUCGCGGCGACCAGGACCAACGGGUUCGGCCUGGGGGACAAGGUGGCGGUCGCCCACGAGAAGUGGCCCAUCAUUACAGCGAUCUACGGGGCAGCGUCUCUGGCGGUUCCUGCCGCCGUUCUGGCGCCGGCCCUGACGGAGCGGGCUCGGCGGAGCGGCGCGGAAAACAAGAAAGAAAAGGAGCCCUCCACUGCCGAACCCCCGGCCUCUUCCGGCGAGGGCGGCGCGACGCGCAGGAAGGGCGCGCGCGCAGAAAGCGAAAGCGCGAGCGCAGAGGCGUACAAAGUGCCCGGGGGGAGGACGGGCCCAUCGGGGGAGACUCCCGAGACCCUGUUCGUGUCCUUCGUGUGCGGGCUGCUCUUCGGAACGGCUCUCGCCGUGGGACGCAUGACUAACCCGGCCAAGGUGAUCAACUUCCUGAACGUGGCGGCUGCCUGGGACAAGCGCCAGGGGGGGUGGGACCCCAGCCUCGGCCUCCUCAUGUGUGCGGCCGUGCUGUUCAACCUGAUCUCCUUCAACCUCAUCCUCAAAAUGCCCCGGCCGCUGCUGAGGGACAAAUUCGACGUGCCGCAGAAUAAGCAGAUCGACGCGAAGCUGGUGGUCGGCUCCGCUCUCUUCGGCGUCGGGUGGGCUCUCUACGGGGUCUGCCCCGGACCAGGCUUCAUGAACGUCGGCACCGGCAGGGUCUCGUUCCUGGCGUGGUUUGCUGCUCUGCUGGGCGGCACGCUAGUUGCCAUGAAGCUCGUCAAGUGA